GGGAUUGGGGCGACGCGCGGGGCGGGGUUUGCUGAGGAAGAUGGCGGCCGCCAGGGGCUUGUCCCUAACGGCGGCGGCCCUGAGAGCGGUCACCCCCUGGCGGAGGAGCAGGCUCCUCGCGGCGUCCGGCCGACCUCCGGCGCUUCGGGAGGCGUCGUCCUCCAGCCCCGAGGCUGACGAAGGCCAGGUUCACCUCACCAACAGCUGCGUCCAGAGGCUCCUGGAGAUCACCCAAGGGGCAGAAUUCCUCAGGCUGGAGGUGGAGGGGGGUGGAUGCUCCGGAUUCCAGUACCGAUUUUCGCUGGACACAGUGAUCCACCCCGACGACAGGGUAUUUGAACAGGGCGGGGCCCGAGUGGUGGUUGACUCUGAUAGCUUGGCCUUCGUGAAAGGCGCCCAGGUGGACUUCUGCCAGGAGCUGAUCCGAAGCUCCUUCCAAGUGCUGAACAACCCGCAGGCGGAGAAAGGCUGCUCCUGUGGCUCUUCCUUCUCUGUCAAGCUUUGAUGAGAUGGCAGGUGACCCAGAGAUGGCUGCCACGGGUACCCCUUCGAGGCACCUGGAAUUAGUGGAACGUUAGGGGUUUCCUUCCAAUCAUGUCCCUCCCACGUUUGAUUUCCCGCAAUCCAGGAGUGUUGUGUGUUGCCACUAUGUUUUCCAGAAUGUGAAGCAAUCUUGACUCUUGACUUAGUUUCUCCUGCACCCUUCUAAGGCCAAGGCUCUAGGUGCUGUUCCCUAAGGUUUGUUUAAUAACUAGUUUGAAACCCAGUGUAAUCUGGAGAGCCUCCAAGGUUCCAAAAUGUGAGUUGCUUCUCUGGCCUUCAGAGCUGCUUGUACAUAGAUGUAUAACUCUGUAUAAAAGCUUCAUUUUAAAGCAA